AUGGGUGGAUCGGCUCAGUGGAAGAGGAGGCUGCUCGCGUCUGUUGUGGAAAGCCAGUUGCUGUAUGCUGCUCCCGUAUGGAUCCCUUCCGUUACAGAAGUCGCCAGAACUAGGGCGAUCUUGAUCCGUCCGCAGAGGACCGCCGCCUUGAGGGUAAUUCGGUCCUACCGCACCGUGUCGGACGAGGCCGCCUUGGUCUUGGCCUGCAUGCCGCCCGUUGAUCUGCUUGGACUGGAGAGGCAGUACAUCGGAUCCCGUCUGCGCGCCGCAAUGGAGCCUGGUGAACAACGGCCUUCCAAGGAGGCCGUGAAACGUGAGGCAAGAGAAAUUACGAUCGCCGCCUGGCAGGCAAGAUGGCACGCUACCCCGAAGGCAGCCUGGACGCGUCGAGUCAUCCCUGACCUGGCUAGAUGGCUAGGUAGGACUGUCCCGUGGGUGCCUCUGACGUACCACAUGACUCAGGCACUCACGGGCCACGGCUGCUUCGAAUGGUACCUCCAUCGUAUGAACAAGGCCGCUAGCACUCGCUGCUGGCAGUGCUCGGGCGAACCAGACACUGUUGAACACACCCUGUUUGAUUGCCCCUACUGGGACGGCCUUCGUGAAGCCCUGAAAGUCAGGAUUGGCCACCGACCGAGCACCGAUGACGUUCCGGACAUCAUUUGUGGACCGGCGUUCGAGCUCCGGCCGGCGGACGCCCAAGGGAAGGAUGCGAUCCUGAGAGAGGCCGAAGAGCGGUUCAGGCUGUUCUACGGCAUGGUGGAAAACAUCCUCUCAAUCAAAGAAGAAGAGGAACGAGUGCGACAGGCUGCAAACCGGCGGAAUUUACUAUAG